CGUCUCACAGAUGUUGUCAGACUGGUUCUUUCAGGCAUAGCGCAACUGUUUUGAUUUUGUUCCUGUUGACACAAACAGGCUCCAGGAUCAGCAGGAUGUCUGUGACCAUGACCAAAACUGAUGGGGUCACUAUGCUCACUUCAGCCGCCGACCCUGAAAGCUCAUGUCCUCCACUGUGCCAGAUCCUCAAAGGCCUCUGUUGCAGCCCAGCUUGCUACUCUGUGUCGGAGCGGCUGAAGAGGGUCCAGGGAGCCUCUCAGUCAGUGCUGGGGGCUAUACAAAUCAUGGCUGGGCUGCUCACCCUCGGUCUUGGAACGAUCCUUUAUGAGAGUGGCAUCACCCCCUGGUCGUCUCUUGACUAUACCUUGUAUCACUUUUGGUUAGGUGCUCUGUUCAUUUUCUUCGGUUGCAUGUGCAUCCUGUCAGAGAAACGCCCCAGUCCCUGUAUGGUCGUCCUCAAUGUGCUUCUGAACCUAGUAGGAGUUGGGUUUGCCAUCACAGGCGUAGUCCUCUACAUCCUGAACACCUUCCUCAUGUGGCUAUAUUGGGGAAGUUGUGACCCAAAUGACUACAGGGACAACUACAGGUACAACUAUAGGGAACGGCCAACCUCGACUCGGUCUCCAGAGGAUCAGCUGAUGAUGAAGAAGUGCAUGGAGGGCAGAGAACUGACUCUGCUGCUUUUUAAAAGCAUCAACGGCAUGCUGAUCGUCAUUUCACUCCUGGAGCUCUGUGUUGCCAUGUCUUCUGUUACCUUAGGGGUCAAGGCUUUGAAGAGAAGUGGCAAGACAGAGAACAAGUCUUCUACUUCAUCAUCCUGAUCUCUGUCCCUGCUUUCUUUACCACAAUUAUCCUCAUCUUGCUCUCUGUC